AGUCCAUUAUACACAAUCUCCUUCUGAGGGAUAAACGCCGCCGUGUCCCCAUCCACUUUCAUAUCCCACUGAUGGUCUGGUCACUUUUCUGCAAUGUGUAAAAAGAUUUCACUCUCACCAACCUGACGGACAACAAAGUACUGAGGAAGUUGUAUUGAUAAGCCCUGAUCCAGUGUGAAGGAAACAAGGAGACAAGAGAAUUAAGAAGAAGACGAGGAGACACACAUUCCAUCACAGCCCUUGUGGAGCUGCAGCGGGGACGAGCCUACCAGCUGUGAUUUCUAAUCGUGGAGAAAGGCUGAACAGCAAGGAGUACGCAGGAAUGAGUCCGCAGAGAGGUUUCACCUUGCUUUUGAUAUUCCUCUAUGCAUCAGCUGUGUGCGCAGGUGUGGGCGGUGCAAAGGUCAACAAUGUGUCGUCAGAGGUCUGUCGUCAUCCGUGUGAGGAGCUGGUGGGCUUGCUGACAGAGAUCCAAGGCCUGCGUAUUGUGACCAGCAACCUGUUGGAAGACCUGGAUAGAGUAGCAAAAGAAAAUGAAGAGAUGCGGAUAUUUUUGGCUGAGCUGAGCAACAGCAGCAGCAGCAGCAGCAGCUGGAGCAACAGCAGCAACUGGCGUGGCAGCAACUGGCGUGGCAGCAACUGGCGCAGCAACUGGAGCAGCAACAGCAGCUGCAGCAGCAGUGGCCAUGGCGAUGGCAAUGAUGGCAACAGCGAUGAUAUCAACUCGCGCAGCAGCAACUGGCGCGGCAGCAACUGGCGCAGCAGCAACUGGCGCAGCAGCAACAGCAGCAGCAGCAGCAGUGGCCAUGGCGAUGGCAAUGAUGGCAACAGUGAUGAUAUCAACUGGCGUGGCAGCAACUGGCGCAGCAGCCACUGGAGCAGCAACAGCAGCAGCAGCAGUAGCAGCAGUGGCCAUGGCGAUGGCAAUCAUGGCAACAGUGAUGACAUCAACUGGCGCGGCAGCAACUGGCGCGGCAGCAACUGGCGCAGCAGCAGCAGCAGCAGUAGCAGUAGCAGCAGUGGCCAUGGCGAUGGCAAUCAUGGCAACAGUGAUGAUAUCAACUGGCGCAGCAGCAACUGGCGCAGCAGCCACUGGCGCAGCAGCCACUGGAGCAGCAACAGCAGCAGCAGCAGUAGCAGCAAUGGCCAUGGCGAUGGCAAUGAUGGCAACAGCGAUGAUAUCAAUGAUCUUGACAGAGGCAGAGACGAAGAGGUGUGGUGUAUGCAGGACGGACGAGUGUAUGAGCACGGGGAGGAUUGGGAUGUUGACAGCUGCACCUCCUGUGUUUGCAAGGAUGGAAAGGUGGUGUGUCAUCAGGUGUCUUGCCCUCCUGUAUCCUGCAUCUAUCCAUCCUUUAUCGAUGAUAAGUGCUGUCCUGUGUGUCUCAAUAAUGAGGAUGGAUGGUCCCCUUGGUCUGAGUGGACCCACUGCUCUGUCACCUGUGGACGUGGAGGGCAGCAGAGGGGACGAUCCUGCAAUGGCAUCAUGCAGUCCUGUGCCGGCCCGUCAGUCCAAACCCGCAGCUGCAUGCUGAUGAAAUGUGACCGCAAGGUGCGUGCUGAAGGGAACUGGGGCCUUUGGUCUCCCUGGUCCACGUGUACAACCACAUGUGGAGAAGGCGACAUCACACGGGUCCGUCUCUGCAACAACCCUCCACCACAGAAGGGGGGCAGAGGGUGCACAGGCAGCGCCAGGGAGACACAACCUUGCAACAAUACACCCUGCCCUGUUGCUGGAGGCUGGACGAGCUGGACUGAAUGGUCACUGUGCUCGGAGUCGUGUGGUGGAGGUCUUACGAGUCGUCAGCGGGAGUGUUUGAACCCUGCCCCUCAGCACGGUGGGAAGCCUUGUGCUGGAGACGCUGUGGACUAUGAAGCAUGUAACAAACAGCCAUGUCCUAUAGACAUAUGUUUGCUUUCAAAUCCAUGUUUUCCUGGAGUGGAGUGCACGUCGCAUAGCGAUGGAUCAUGGUAUUGUGGACGUUGUCCGUUGGGUUUAAAAGGCAAUGGCACUCACUGUGAAGAUGAAAAUGAGUGUGAAGUGGAGAGUGUUUGUGUCACAGAGUGUGUAAACACAGACCCUGGCUUCUACUGUCUGCCCUGUCCUCCUCGCUAUAAAGGCACUCAGCCGUUUGGCCUUGGACUGCAGGAAGCCCUGGAAACCAGACAGGUGUGUGAGCCUUACAAUCCUUGCAAAGACAACACACACACCUGCCACAAGUAUGCCGAGUGUAUCUACCUGGGCCUGGCAUCUGAGGUGUUGUUCAAGUGUGUGUGCGCCAUCGGGUUCGCGGGCGACGGCUUCCUGUGUGGAGAAGACUCUGAUCUGGAUGGCUGGCCCAACUACAGAUUACCCUGCAAGCAGAAUGCAACCUAUCACUGUCAAAGGGAUAAUUGCCCCAUGAUACCAAACUCUGGACAGGAAGACCUGGACAAAGACGGACAGGGAGACGCCUGUGAUCCUGAUGACGACAAUGAUGACAUCAUAGAUGAGAGGGACAACUGCCCGCUGGUGUACAACCCUCGGCAGUUUGAUUCUGACAGAGAUGGGGUCGGAGACCGCUGUGACAACUGUCCGUUUGAUAGCAACCCGCUGCAGACAGACACUGAUGACAAUGGAGAGGGAGACGCCUGCAGCAUUGACAUUGAUGGAGAUGAGAUUCUGAAUGACCAUGACAACUGUCCCUUAGUCUACAACACUGACCAGAGGGACACCGACCUGGAUGGUGUUGGAGACCAGUGUGACAACUGUCCCCUUCUACACAACCCUCUGCAGCUUGACUCUGAUAGCGACCUAGUGGGGGACAUGUGUGACGACAAUGAGGACAUCGAUGAGGAUGGCCACCAAAACUCUCUAGACAACUGUCCGUACAUCGCCAAUAGCAACCAGGCUGACCAUGACAACGACGGGAGGGGAGACGCCUGUGACCAUGAUGACGACAACGACGGUAUCCCCGAUGACCGGGACAACUGCAGACUUGUGCCCAACAGGGACCAGUGGGACUCUGAUGGUGACGGGAGUGGAGAUGCCUGCUUUGAUGACUUUGACAAUGACAGUAUUCCAGAUGCGCUGGAUCCAUGCCCGCUGAACCAGGAUAUUGGGUCUACAGACUUCAGGAAGUUUCAGGUUGUUUUGUUGGACCCGAAAGGCACCACGCAGUCCGACCCUCUCUGGGUGAUCCGCAGCCAAGGCACUGAGCUGCUGCAGACGGCCAACUCAGACCCUGGCAUCGCUUUAGGAUAUGACAAGUUCAGCGCAGUGGACUUCAGUGUGACAUUUUAUGUAAAUACCAACCGAGAUGACGACUACGCAGGCAUUGUAUUCGCCUACCAGUCCAGUCAACGCUUCUACGUUGUCAUGUGGAAACAGGUGUCUCAGGCCUACUGGGAGAAAAAGCCGACCAAAGCCUUUGGCACAGCGGGAGUCUCGAUCAAACUGGUCAACUCCACCACAGGACCCGGGGAGUAUCUACGCAAUGCCCUGUGGCACACUGGAAACACCCGACACCAGGUCAGAACAUUGUGGCAUGAUCCCAAUAAAAUUGGCUGGAAGGACUACACAGCUUACCGCAUGCACCUUAUCCACAGACCCAAGACUGGGUUCAUCAGGGUGGUGGUGUACGAGGGCAGGGAGAUUUUAUCUGACUCGGGGGCGGUGUACGACCACACCCUGGCUGGAGGCAGACUGGGACUGUUUGUCUUCUCUCAGGAACACGUCCUUUUCUCAGACCUCAGAUACGAGUGCAGAGGUAAGAUAUCCUGUCUAAACAUUGGUCCUGACUUCUGA